AUGUUAGGAUUGGAUUUAACUGUAACAAGAAAAUCUCAUGUUCAAAUCGAUUUGAUUCAAUCUAAACAGUCGAUCUUUUUCCAUUACACUCUUAUAAUCUAUUUUUGUCAAACCAAUCACCGUAGCAAUUCCACAACGAAUAAUGUCCUGAAUGAAUCGAGAAAUCGACGGAUUUCAUACCUGCGUCAACUACCCAAAUCAUGGAUCAUCAUCGCCAUAGUUUUCUAUUGUGCAUCGCUUGUUACUGUCGGUCUAUUAGCUGGUCUUCUCCCGCGACGAGUACAAUACAUCACGGUACUUGAAACGUCAUCAUUACCAACAACGGUUACGCAAAAUCCAUCGGAAUGUGUUGAAGACGAAUGUAAUUCGCGUUUGCUCAGUGAUUUAAUAGUGGACAGUUAUGAACUGGAAUAUAUUUGUAACGAUAUCAAACAAACGACGAUGGAAGGACAAGUGACAAUUAAUUUUCAGUUGAGACAACCAAUUAAACAACUGAUUUACCAUGCGAAGAAUAUGGUUGAACUCCAAGACGCCAUAUUGUUCGAAAAUGAUGUUCAACACGCGAUUUCAAUGAAAAGAUACCUUCCCAAUGAUUAUUUAUCAUUGCGUUUAGUAAACAACUCACUAUUUCCCACUAGUCAAUAUAAACUAAAACAAAAGUUUGUUAUCAAUCUACUCAAUCCAAGUAUUGGCUUUUACCAAAGUUUGUUUGAAGAUACAAAUGAAAUCAACGGAACACUGUUAGCAACGAAAUUUCGAGCAACUGAAGCACGACGUGUAUUUCCAUGUUUUGAUGAGCCACGUUUCAAAGCGCAAUAUAAAAUCACUCUCAUCCAUCCCCAAAAUACAAUUAGUUUGUCCAAUUUUCCGAUCUUGACACAAUCCGUCGAAAACAACUCACUUCGCACCACAUUCGCCGAGACAUUUCGCAUGAGUACUUAUGCAGUUUCCUGGGCUAUUCUUCCCGAAACCUAUGGGAAAAUCUCAGAUAAUGAUCAAUCACCAACGGUAACCAUAUGGGCGCGACAAGAACCAACAAAAAAGAAUCACACGACUUUAGCACUUGAUGUUGCAACAAAUGCAAUUCCAUUCUAUAAAAAUUAUUUCAAUGUAACCGAAGCUUUACCUCCGAAGAAAGAUAUUUUGGCCAUAGCUAAUAUGGCAACAACUGCAAUGGAGAGUUCAGGUUUGAUUACCUAUCGUGAAGAGAGAAUAAUUUAUGAUGAGAAAAUUGCGACUACGUAUCAAAAACAACAAUUCGCAGAUAUCGUCGCUCAUGAAAUCGCUCAUUCUUGGUUCGGAAAUUAUGUGUCAUGCAAAUGGUGGGAUGAUCUAUGGUUCAGCGAAGUGAUGGUUAGUUGGCUUUGUAGAAAAACAUUCGCAAACAAAUAUUCAGAUUGGAAUAUGGAAUUGCAAAUUUUAACAGAUGACACAAUUUCUGCGAUGUGGGAUGACGCCAAACCGUACUCACAUCCCAUUGCUGUUGGAAAUGCGAUGAGUAUUCCGGAAAUUCUCAGUUAUUUAGAUGGAUUGACCUAUUCGAAGGGAAUUAGUCUAAUGCGUAUGGUGGAAAAAAUUGUUGGCGAGAAAGGAUUUCAAAGAAGUUUACAAGAAUAUCUGAGAACGAAUGCAUUUAAUGUUGCUGAUUUGAAUCAAUUUUAUAGCACGGUGUUGGGAAAUUUGACGAACGGAAGGGAAUUUAUGAAAAGUUGGUUAGAUGAAAUGAACUAUCCAUUAGUAACGAUCGAUUUACAAACGGAAAUUAAUUCAACGAAACUAAUUUUUACUCAGUCGCGUUUCAUCAUCUCGGACACAUUCAACACAACGAAUUUGAAUCAAAAUUACCGAUGGAAAAUCUAUCUGGAUUGUACUCUGAGCAGAAAUAAUUCGAACUCCGAGAGGCUCAGAUUUGUUCUCGAAAAUGAACAAAGCAUUGAAUUUCUACCCGAAAACGAAUAUUCAUGGGUGAAAUGUAAUCGUGAUUUCCAAAGUUUUCAUGUCACCAAAUAUCCUUCCAACUCAAUACAAUCUUUCUCAUCCAUUAUCAAAGCACAACCAACAUUCUUUUCAAUUGAAGAUCAAAUUAAUCUCCUACAAGAUACAUUCUUGCUUGCUUAUAAAGGCUUGGGUGAUUACCUUGAUCCACUGUUAAUCGUUGACUCGUUGGGGAAAACAUCCAUGACAGAAUACGUGCAAUGGCGAACAUUUCAAUACCAUUGGGAUAUCUUAGCUGAUUUGAUUGAUCAUCUACCCGACAUAUUGACAAAAUUUCAAAAUUUCGCAAUUCAACAAAUUCUGUCGAAUGGCCGAACAGUAGAGAAUAUUACAUCGUUGUCAUUACAGGAUAAUCACAAUUCGAAAUUGGUGAAAAGUUUACAAUUUGCACUACUUUGUCGAAUGAAUUAUAGCGAUGCUCUGGACAAAGCAAGUUUGCUCUUUCGAUCAAUUCCGAAAGGUUAUUUUAACAACACGAACAACGAUAUCAAUGUUCCUGCUGAUUUCUUAUCGACUGUUUAUACAUAUCAUUUGAAAACAGAUGAUGAUGAAAACGACUGGAAUCAGAUGUAUCAAUAUUACCAAAUUAGUAGAACAUCACAUGAACAAACACGUGCUUUGAUGGCGAUUAGUUUCACGAAGAAUACGGAUCGAUUGAACCGGUUGCUUAAUGACGGAUUAACAGGUGGACCGUAUGCAAUCAAACGACAGGAUUAUUUCACUAUGAUGGGUUAUAUGAGUCGACAUGUGAUUGGAAGAGAUAUUGCAUGGAAUUUUUAUAAAAAUAACUAUACGAAUUUAGUAGACACUUUUACGCUACAAAACUUUCGAUUCGGUUCGGCCAUCCUUUCAAUAGCACGUACAUUUGAAAAAGAAUCCUAUCUUGACGAAAUGAACGAUUUGUUUGCAAAGUAUCCAAAUGCUGGUGUUGGACAAUCUGCACGUCAACAAGCUAUCGAUCAAGUCAAGAUGAAUAUUCAUUGGGUUAACACGCGAGAACAAAAUCUCCGCGCUGCUCUUGAUAGUAUAGCUCUAUCUUGA